CUCGGUCGUAGAGCCUUUUCUUCUUCGUGUCGACCCAUUGCCGUGGUUCAGGUUCCUAGUCCAAUGGCAUUCUCUUCAGCUUCCCCUCUAUCCCUUCAAGCUUUCUCCAAACCAUUUUCCAUUCUGUGUCAGACAAAACCCAAGAGAGAUUGUUAUGGCGAUUGUUCCAACAAGCAAUGCAUGAAAUCUAAAGAGGAUUCAAAGAAAUGGGGUAAGCUGGUUUCGACGGCAUUGGCAACCGCUGCGUUUAUCAGCUUUAGUUCUGACAUGCCCGCCAUUGCUGAUCUUAAUAAGUUCGAAGCUAAUACGCGCGGUGAGUUUGGGAUUGGGUCAGCGGCACAGUUCGGUUCUGCUGAUCUCAGGAAGGCGAUUCACGUGAAUGAGAAUUUCAGACGCGCCAAUUUCACAUCUGCCGAUAUGAGGGAAUCUGAUUUCAGUGGUUCAACGUUCAAUGGCGCGUACCUUGAGAAAGCUGUUGCAUACAAGGCAAAUUUUUCCGGUGCAGACUUGAGCGAUACACUGAUGGAUCGAAUGGUUCUCAACGAAGCUAAUCUCACAAAUGCUGUACUUGCAAGAACAGUUCUUACCCGCAGUGAUCUAGGAGGUGCUCUCAUUGAAGGUGCAGACUUCAGUGAUGCUGUUUUGGACCUUCCCCAGAAGCAGGCUCUCUGCAAGUAUGCAAGUGGAACAAACCCAACAACUGGAGUAAGCACCAGGGCAAGCUUAGGUUGUGGGAAUAGUCGACGAACUGCGUAUGGUUCUCCCUCUUCUCCUCUGUUAAGUGCCCCACCCAAAAAGUUGCUUGAUCGCGAUGGUUUUUGUGAUGAAGACACCGGUCUCUGUGAUGCAAAGUAGUUCCAAGGAAAUAUAGUUCUACCAAAAAUCUCGUUUUAGUGAAGAUGUAUUUGAGAUAAGGAAAUGCAGAGCCAAAACACCUGUUAUCCCUUAAAAAUUUUAGGAAAAUGAUAAGCUGUAUGUAUUACGCAUCGGAAUAUAGCAAGUAUUUGUUGAAAAAAAAAAAAAAAAACAAAAAGCAUGUGUAAAUGUACUUCAAUACGCUAAGAAAAUGAUUGUACAUCGUUGUCUUUUCUUUGACUAA